AUGACCGACCGGCUCCCGCCCAACCUCCUCGCGCUCUUCGCGCCCCGCCCGCCGCUGCGCUGGGUCCCCCCAAUCGACCACCCGCCCGAGCAGCGCAAGACGGCCGCCGUGUCGGGCGUCGCCCAGUUCCUGCCGGCCCUGGCCGAGUACGAGCGCGAGUACGAGUACCACCCGACCGAGAGCUGGCUCGAGGCGCGCGACCGCAAGAAGCGCGAGCAGCAGGCCCAGGUGGAAAAGCUCUUGACUGAGGCGCCUAAACUCUACAACCCACAUGAAGAUCCCAACAUUCGCGGCGAUGCGUUCAAGACGCUUAUUGUGGCGCGACUGGAUUACAGCGCUGAUGAGAAGGAUCUUGAGCGCGAGUUUGGGCGGUUCGGUCCCAUUGAGCGCAUCCGCAUCAUCCGCGAUACCCAUGCCCACGAGAAGGGAAAUAAGAAACGGAAACCCCACCGCGGGUACGGCUUCGUCGUAUUUGAGCGCGAAAAAGACAUGAGAGGUAAUGCCUGCCACCUUGAUCUUGACACUGCCAUCCCGCCGCUUGCCGGAACCCAAGCCCCCAGGACAUCCAUGGCCCUCAAGCUUGCCAGUCCUUUCUCCUCUCCUUCAUCCCUCCUCGCUCCCCCCCUCUACCGCCAAGCUGCUUUGGAUGGCUGUGAUGGCAUCCGCAUUAAAGACCGCCGCAUCAAGGUUGACGUCGAGCGGGGCAGGACGGUGAAGGGCUGGAAGCCGCGACGCUUAGGAGGCGGUCUCGGCGGCCGCGGGUACACCAAGGCGGCCAUGGUCAGGCCCAUGGGUCCCGGCGGGUUUGGUGGUGGGUUCCGGGGCGGCUUUGGCGGCGGCUUCAGGGGCGGACGCGAUCGCGGAUUCCGUGGCGGCGGCUUUGGCGACCGCGGCGGAUUUCGCUCUGGCCCUGGGGGUCCCGGAGGAGGUGGCGGAGGGUUUGGAAGUCGUGACCGUGGCUUUGGCGGUCCCAACGGGCCCCCUAACGCGCCUAGCGGACCGGGAGGUGGCUACGGCGGUCGUGACGGCCGACGUGAUGGACCCGGAGGCGGUGGGUAUGGCCGUGACGGCUCCUCGCGCUCAUAUGAUGACAGGUCUGGUGGUGGAGGCUACCGCGACCGCAAUCCCCGACAGUCUGGCAGCAACAUGGAGCCCAUCCGGCCUCGCGGUGAGAAUGGUGGGUACCACGGCGGCGACAGCCGCGGCAGCGCCAGGGACUACGACCGGCCCCGAGACCAUGACGACUCCCGGAAGCGCGGCUACGAAGGCGGUGGUUACGAAGACCCUAGGAAGUUGCGACGCUACUAG